AUGUGCAUGCAUUGUUGUGAUGAAUUCAUUAUGCCUUGGUUGAUCGAAAUUCUUGUAUCGAUAUUUAUCAAAAUCAUGACUGAAUCAACUGUGGAUUCCACCACCAAACCCUUUGUCUUGAUACUCGAAGGCAACAAAAAGGAAUACUUUGACACCGACGAAGAACUGCAGGCUGCCAUAGAAAAACUUAAAGCAGACAAAGCGGCCGAGAUGGAAGCAAACAAACGCCCUGAUGUUAAACUAAAUGUUUGGUUUGGCAACGAAAUCAUUGGCAACGAAAAAGAAAUUGCUUUGUCGCAGGAAAAAAAUGUACGUGCUGCACAGCAAGUGGAAGUUGACGAAACAAUGGGAAUGACAAAAUCAGAGACCAGAGACAUGCUACUCAAGAAAUUCAAAGAAGCUAUAGACAAAAAAGAAUCUGUCGAGUUCCUCACUGCAGAAAGUGUGGUUGCCACUCUUGCCGCUGGAACAAGCAUUGGACAACAAAUCCUUGAUGUCACUGAUGCUGCCCUGCCCGAUGAAGUCGAAGUGGAAGCUAUUUCUGACGACGAAGAAAAAACACUCGAAAAACACUUGCUUACACACAAAUGCGAAAGUAUGUGCUUCAAGUACGAACAUCUUGUGUAUGAUCACGAAGAAAAGAAAGGCCAAGUGAUGUCUUUGAUGUCUGUCUCCACCAUGCGAAUCAUUGGAUCUGACAACAAAAUCACCAGCUAUGACGACUGUGUCUCUUUUGUGGAAAAGCUUGACUACAUGCAUGCUGUCAACUACACCGACUACCUCUACCUCUACCUCUCGAAACUUGGUUACAAGUAUUCUCUGUGUCUUCCUCAAGAUGUGCUAGAAAAGUUUGUUUUCCAAGUUGAUGCUGUUGUCAUGUCUAUGCUCACCUUCUGCGAAGUGCUGGAGGGACAUCCCAUGGAAGUGCUUGGACGACUUCUUCUCGAAUUCGAUCUCAUUCUGGCCAAUCAACCGUGGCGCAUCCUUCAUGUUCUGAGAGCUUGCUUUGAAAAGAACUAUGGCACAACACAGUUAGAUUUGAAAGAAGACAUUGGAAAACUCAUGAUGUGCAUCAAUUUCCUGGACGAGUGUGCACUCACUGUUGUUACACAUGUCACUGCAGCCUUUUCCUACAUGUCUAAAGAUGCUCGAAUUGUUCAACGCUGUUUUGGUGCCAUACACUCUGGAAUGGCAAAUGCAGUUGACCCUCCAAGGAUGCUCAAUUCUCUGGUCCACUGGGCAGGCAAGACUGACAUGGGCAAAGCAGUUAUACCCACAUCUAUUUAUGCCUUUGUCAAAAAGAUCUUACUCCUUGUCCACUAUGUGCAGAAGAAUGUGUGUGACUGUACCAAAUACAACCCCUCCUUCAUCUGUUGUCCGACAAACAACACUGUUACUGGAGACUUGGAGUUUUGUUCUUGGUGCCCCAUACAUGGAGACACCGAAAAUGCACUGGACUGCAUGCAGAUCAAUCAAUGCAUACUGGAUGUGGGCGAGCAAGACAAAGACAAGUACGAUCCUCGUGGAAAGCAAGGACCUUCCUCUGUGUGCAGCAUCACUGUCACCCAGACCUUUGACCCUUUGACAUCCUCACCAAUUCUCUUCUGUCUGUGA